GUAGAUACAUGAUUAACGAAGUGCGUUGACUGCAGUCCAUCAAUCAUUUCAUCCAUCCAUCUGGGGCACAAAUAAGAAAAUAUCCAAACCUCGACGUCAUAGUUAAACAACCCUCUUCUCCCCCUCAUCCCCAAAAUCAAGUACAACAACUACAACCACCAAACCUCAAUAUCAUCAGCCUAACCUCCGAAUCAGCCCGAAGCCCAAAAAAAAAGAAGGAAAGAAGAAGAAGGAAAAAGAAGCGAAAUGUCCCAACGCGAAUCCCUCACUUCCCGAGUCCGCACCCUAUGUGCAAACUUCUCCACCGCCUCCCCAUUACCAACGCUCCUCUCAAACUUCACAAAAACCCCACCCCCCACGGCCCUCGAACACGGACUCCCACAACUCGCCCCCUUCCUCGGCCGUCCUUUUACCGGCCACGAAGGCCUAACAACCUACUUCGGGCUCCUGGCGGAUUACCUUACCAUCGAGCAGAUGGAUUUCGAACCAGAGGAUAACUGGGUCGUGGAUGAGAGGGCGAUGGCUGUUUCGUUGCGGGGUAAGGCACGAUUCAAGUGGAAGGAGACAGGGCAGGCUUGGGAUGAAACGUUUGCGUAUCGGAUUGAGCUUAAGGAGGAGUUGGGGGAGGUGAAAGUGGUUGUUUAUGAGGUUUGGGCGGAUACGGGGGCGGCGUAUUUGGCGAGGGUUGGGGGGUUGGAGGGGGGUGUGUGAAUGAUGAUGAAAGCUGUCUUGUACUUCGGUGUCUGAUUGCCUGAUUUUUUGUGUAUGAUAUGGUUGAGCGUGGUUGGGUGUAUUUGUAUGUUAAGGGUUAAAGUAGUUAAUUAGUCAUUGGUAUGGCAAUGCUCUGAUCGAUCCAGCC